GGCUUGUCUGGGGGAAUUGCAGGGACUGACAUACAGUAAGAGAGGAAGAAACUUUUUGUGUUGUUUUUGCUGGAGAAAAAAAACGCUGGCAUGUAUGUGCUAACAGCUAUAGUCUGCCGAGCACGUUUCAGGGUCUCUAAACCUCUCCUGAGAAUGACCAUCCCUGGUGGCGCUGGUCUGUCUGCCAGAGACUGCUCUCAGGCAGGACAUGUAAGGAGCACUCUGAGGUGGGACCUGUCUCCAGAUGAGAUCAGGACCAUGACAGACAGCUUGAUUGCCAGAGUAAAGACGGUCUAUGAUGACGUUGGAUCUCUAAACAUAGAAAAUGUCUCUGUUGAAAACACCCUGAAGGCUUUGGCUAAUGCUAAGAUGGAUUAUGCAUCAUCACACCACUUCCUCGCCUUCCCUCAGUAUGUUUGUCCUUCUAAGGAGCUUCGGGCAGCGAGCACCGAGGCAGACAAGAAACUGUCUGAGUUCGAUGUGGAGAUAAGCAUGCGGGAAGAUGUGUUCAGACAAAUUACUGCCUUGCAGAAUAAACAGCGAGACAACCUUUCAGCUGAAGAAAAGAGAUUCCUAGACAGACUUGUUACAUUAGGCCAGAGGAAAGGAUUGCACCUGUCCAAAGAUAUACAGGAGGAAAUAAAAAGAACUUCCAAGCUCAUCAGUGAGCUCGCCAUUGAGUUUAACAAGAAUCUGAAUGAGGACAGAACAUUUCUUAUUCUUACCGAGCAUGAAUUAGGUGGGCUAGCUGAUGGUUUUCUCAAUGGACUGGAUAAGACUGCUGAAGGACGGUAUAAAGUGACACUCGAAUAUCCCCAUUACUAUCCCCUGAUGAAGCGGUGUCACAAUCCUGAAACCAGGAGAAAGCUGGAAAUGGCUUUUAACAGCAGGUGUAAAGAGGUAAACACGGCAAUCUUAGAAGAGCUGAUACAACUGCGGGCAAAGGUUGCAGACUUACUUGGUUACAGUAGCCAUGCUGACUAUGUGCUGGAGAUUAACAUGGCUAAAAAUGCAAGCAACGUGUGUGACUUUCUGGAUAAUUUCUAUGAAACACUGAAACCCAUUGGAGUCAAAGAGAGGAAAUACAUCCUUGCACUGAAGAAGAGGGAGUGCUUGAUGAAGGGCUACCAGUUUGACGGGAAGAUCAAUGCCUGGGACUUGCUCUACUACAUGAAUCAAGUGGAGCAGCGCAAGUUUGCUGUGGACAAGGACAAACUAAUCGAGUAUUUCCCACUUGAUGUGGUGACAGAAGGACUGUUUGGUAUCUACCAGGAGCUGCUGGGUCUCACAUUCACAGAGGUGGAAGAGGCUCACGUGUGGCAUGAAAAUGUCAAGCUGUACUCAGCCCGGGACACUGAAACAGGGGAGGAGAUUGGUCAGUUCUACCUGGACCUGCAUCCAAGGGAAGGAAAAUAUGGCCACGCGGGUUGCUUUGGGCUCCAGCCUGGCUGCACAGGACCCGAUGGAAAGCGCAGGCUGCCGGUUGCGGCCAUGGUUGCUAACUUCACUAAGCCUGGGAAAGGUUGUCCCUCUCUCCUCCAACACCAUGAAGUGGAGACCUAUUUUCAUGAGUUUGGUCAUGUCAUGCAUGAAAUCUGCUCUAAGACCACUUUUUCAGAAUUCAGUGGAACUCUGGUGGAGACGGACUUCGUGGAGGUGCCGUCUCAAAUGCUUGAGAACUGGGUUUGGGAAAAGGAGCCUCUAAGAAAAAUGUCCCGUCACUACAAAGAUGGAAGCCCCAUCCCAGAUGAGCUGCUUGACAAACUGAUUGCCUCCAGAGUAGCUAACACUGGGCUUAUGAACCUACGUCAGGUGGUCCUUAGUAAGGUGGAUCAGUCACUUCACACCACCUCGUGUGCAGAUACAGCUGAGGUGUUUGCAAAGCACUGCCAGGACAUCCUGGGUAUUCCUGCUACACCGGGUACCAACAUGACAGCCAGUUUUAGCCACUUGGCUGGAGGAUAUGAUGGUCAGUACUAUAGCUAUCUAUGGAGCGAGGUCUACUCCAUGGACAUUUUCUUCAGUCGUUUCAAAAAGGAAGGCAUUAUGAAUCCAAAGGUUGGAAAAGAGUACCGAAGGGUGAUACUGGAAGCUGGCGGCUCCGUGGAUGGAAUGGACAUGGUGAAAACCUUCCUCGGACGUGCACCGUGCCAGGAUGCCUUCUUCCAAUGCAAAGGGCUGAUUAAGUUGCAAGAAACAUAAAUGGAGUUUGAUGUGGUCUUAAACUGGUUUUGUCAUUAUUAUCUGGAUGCUUAAAGUGUAUUAUUACUGUCUCCAGGGUUUUGUACAAGAGUUUCAUCUGUCUUUGUUUAAAUGUACAGUAGAUCAUGGCAUCACUGUGUCUUAUAGCACAGCAGCUUUUUUAAAUCAUCCUAGCAGAGGUGGUACUAAAACAAUAAAGAAUGGAUAUUUCUCUAUAUUUAAGUAACUCAAUAAUCUGGCAUCCACAGCAGACCUUUUUUGCAUAGCAGACAUUUUGGCUUGUCAUGGCAGGAAAAUCACAUGGGAAAUAAAUAUGGUUAAUGGUUCCUUUUAAUGGCAGCAGGCUAGACUGCACAAUACCAGGACACUGAGACUGCUCACUUAAAUGAAAUGUUGUUUUUAAUGUUCCUAAUUAAGCACAUGCGCUUUUCUUGCUAUGACAAGCCAAAAUGUCUGCUGUGCAAAAGGUCUAUGUCAGAAACAAAGUAGCUGAAUGGAAUUCAGACAUCAUUCAUUUCAUUAUUUUUUCAUUAUUUAUACCUGCACUUCUCCUGCUGUGACAUGUCUGCUACUGCUUUUGGAGCAUCAUUGCCUUUCCUUCGUCAAGGCUAAGGUAGAAUGUCUAUUAAGUAGUGAUCAGAUAUUAUGUCAAGGCUACAGAAAGAGUAGCACAAAGCUUUAUUUACAGAAACAUAAGCAUAGGAACUC